AAUCCUUCCUCGGACAAAUUUCGGAGCUAAUGACCAUCCAUAUGUAAAGUACAUACAAAUUUUCAAGCAAAAGUCUACCCUAUAGUUUGCUGGACAUCCCUCGUACAUAUUUUGAAGGAAAAAAGAAACACACCCUCCUAUAGCUAAGACCCGCCCACCAAUAUUAACCUCUUUGUUUCCCCUUCAGAAACACAACAAUCAACAGACUUAUAUACAUAGUAUAGGAAACCGCUUCCACCAAGAUUGUAGGAUGGACCUGCCCGAGGAAGUGAUGAUGGAGAUCCUCAUGAGAUUGCCCGUCAAAUCCCUGUUGAAAAUCAGAUGUGUUUGUAAAGCUUGGUGUGGUUUGAUCAAAAGCCCCUCCUUCAUUGAUAUGCAUCUGAGGCGUCCCGGGAAUAAUAAGCAUGUCAUGCUCAAGCGCUACAUCGAGCACGAGAACCAAACCGUGAUAUCCUUCCAUUCCAACAAUGAUGAAGCAGAAAAAUCUCUAUCUAUAUGUCUUCGCCCACCUAUAGAAGUUACCUGGUUCUACCAUCGCAAUCUUGAAGCUGCCCACUUGAUUGGUCCAUGCAAUGGCAUCGUUUGCAUUACCGAUGGCAUGGACAUAUAUCUCUGCAAUCCUGCCACUCGUGAACUGAGGAAACUUCCUCCCAGCCCCUUCGGAUGCCCUGAAAAUUAUCGCCCUAUGACAGAUGGUGUAGGAAUCGGAUUUGAUCCAUCCACCAAUGAUUACAAGGUUGUUAGGAUUCUGUAUUGGGAAGCUAUAGAGUAUAGGCCUGACCGUCAAUACCAAGCUGAACUAUACUCUCUCAACACAAAUUCUUGGAGAGAAUUAAGAGAUGUGAUCUUGCCCUUCUAUCAUUGUUUUUCCCGAUGCAACCUGUUAUUUCAGGGACGCUUCCACUGGCGUGCCUGGCAUGCCUUCGCUCAACCCUGUGACACUGACUGUAUCCUUUCUUUUGAUAUGAGGGCCGAGGUGUUUGACGUGAUCCACUACCCUCCUAGUUGUGUUGGAGAUUUAGGUCUUGUUGAAAACAAAGAACCCAGUUUUGUUAGCUUAAAUGAUUCCUUGGCCUUAAUUUUAUGCACCUCCUUGUCGGAGGAGCACCCAGCCCCUCCACAGGUCAUUGAUAUAUGGGUAAUGAUGGAGUACGGGGUUGAAGAGUCCUGGACGAAGAAAUUCUCCCUGGGGCCUUUUACAACUGGAAUUCGUCGUCCGCUCUGCCUUUGGAAGGAUGACAAGCAACUUCUUCUGGAGAGUAGAUCCGGGCGGUUGAUUUCAUGCUCUCUCCUCCCGGAUGAACUAGAAGCAGCAGAACUCAAGGAGCAUGACAUUUUCGAGUCCUCAACCUUGCUUGAAGGUCGAAUUUAUGCCGAAAGUCUAGUUUCACUCAACCCUAUAUAUAUGGAGGAAGAAGCCAUCAUCGAAUGAACCAACUGAAACUGGAGUGCUAAACCUGCAUGCAUAUUUUUAUGUACGAGAACCACAGCCCCUGUUACCAUUGGUUAUUAGUGCAAAUUUGUCAAAAAAAAAAAAAAAUGCCCAGGUU